GUUUCUCCAGCGGAACAGCCCCCACCGGCCAAUGGGAUUAAAGAGGAGGCGGCUUCAUGGGAAGGGGGAAACCAAUCCGAUUGCAAAAUGAUUCCACUCCCAGAACAGAUUGAGGUAGCAGAUAUGCCUACCCCUAUCAUGGGAUAUGGCCUGAAUAACAGCUCAUUAGCAAAUUAUAUAUCGGUCGUUAUUAAAGAGGAGGUGUCUUCAUAUGAAGGGGGAAACCAAUCAGAUUGCAGCAUUAAUCCCCUUACAGAACAGAUACAGGGAACAGACACACCUACUCCUAUCAUGGGGUGCAGCCUGAAUAUAUCGGAGGGUAUUAAAGAGGAACCGGCUUCCUGCAAAGAGGAAAACCAAUCAGAAUAUAAUAUUACAGUUUCAGAACCAGAACAGGGAAACAAUAUACCUACUAGUAUUAUGGGAUGCAGCCUGAAUAACAGUUUCUCAGCCAAUUAUAUAGCAAAUUAUAUUAAAGAGGAGGCGGCUUCAUGGGAAGGGGGGAACCAAUCAGAUUGCAGCAUUAAUCCCCUUACAGAACAGAUACAGGGAACAGACACACCUACUCCUAUCAUGGGGUGCAGCCUGAAUAUAUCGGAGGGUAUUAAAGAGGAACCGGCUUCCUGCAAAGAGGAAAACCAAUCAGAAUAUAAUAUUAUUACAGUUUCAGAACCAGUACGGGGAAACAAUAUCAUGGGGUGCAGCCUGAAUAACAGCUCGGCAGAGGAUUAUAUAUCAGUUGUUGUUAAAGAGGAACCGGCCUCAGCUGAAGAAGAUAACUAUUUUGCAGACCAAAUACAAUUAAUAGAUAAGUCGACUGUCAUGGGGUGGAGCCUGGAUAACAGCACAACUGAGCACAUACAGGGAACAGACACACCUACUCCUAUCAUGGGGUCCAGCCUGAAUAACAGCCCUUUAAAAACGAAGGGUAAUAAAUACAAUGAAAAUGCCACUAGGUCCCCACAUAAAUCUCACUCAGCAAAGAACCCAUCCAGCCACAAUGAGCGAAGCUUUGAUACCCAUCAAGGAAUCCAAACAGGAGAGAAACGAUUCCCUUGUUCUGAGUGUGGGAAAUGUUUUGCCACCCAAAAAUAUCUUAGUUUCCAUCAGAGAAUCCACACAGAAGAGAAACCUUAUUCCUGCCGUGAAUGCGGGAAAUGUUUAUCAACGCAAGCGAGCCUUGAUCGCCAUUACAGAACCCACACACGGGAUAAAGAUUCCUUUUGUUCAGUGUGUAAAAAAUAUUAUUCAAACCCGUCGUUUCUUAAAAUCCACCAAGAACGAGCCCACGCAAAAGAGAAACCAUUUUCUUGUUCCGAAUGUGGGAAGCGCUUUAUUAAUGAAACGGAACUUACUGUCCAUCGGCGGCGGACUCACACAGGGGAGAAACCAUUUCUGUGUCCUGAUUGUGGGAAAUCCUAUUCCAGCACUACAAACCUCACUAUCCAUUACAGAACCCACACAGGGGAGAAACCGUAUCCCUGCCCUGAUUGUGGGAAACGUUUUGCCACUUCAUCGUCUGUUACUACACAUCGACAGAGAAUUCACACAGACGACAAACCAAUUUCCUGUCCCGAAUGUGGGAAACGUUUUCUUAAAAUAUCAGAACUCACUGCCCAUCAGAGAAUGCACACAGGGGAGAAACCUUUUUCCUGCACUGAAUGUGACAAAUCGUUUGCACGUAAGGGCAGCCUCAAAACACAUUUUUUGGAAAUUCACGCAGAUUGAAACCCAUUGGCUCCUUGUCAUUGCAUGAAAUGUGUUGCAAACUUUUUUUUUUUUACAUCGUUUAUAUCCUGUUCGUCUUCAAAAUACUUGGCAAGUUUGACAAAUAUAAAGGGGCUGUUUCAGACCGUUUGUGGGGGUUUUUUGGUACUAGGCACUAUGUAACAACUUAUUUUAUUUCUUUAGAUGUUUUUUUUGGGGGGGGGGGUUGUCGGUUUUGUAGGUUUCCGUUUUCUUUUCAUUUUCGAUCUGCAGCAUGACCAGUCCCUUCUCCCGUCCCCCUUCCAGCCCUCUCGCUCAGCACCUCCUGGCUCCGACCACACGGCUAUUUUAAUGGUAGGAGUGGGGACUACUGUACUGCAGACCCUGCAGGGUCUGCUUUAUAGAUAGUUACGCCUCCGUAGCUAUUUGUGGUUUUAGUUGAAAAGCUGUUGUGGUUUUUAAAACCACUAAAAUCAGAAUGUUGAAUAGGACAGAACUUAGACAGAUACUUUUGCAGCUGAAGACUCCGGGGCCUGUUUGACACAGGUGAUGCUAAGAAAGGUGCCCCAUAAUGCUCCUCCCACGGCACUGGCUCCCCAUUGGGAACUGAGGGACCUUAAUUCAUGCUUAGUUCCCAGACACUGGAAUAUAUCUCCCCCUCCCCCCAACAGAUAAUAUUCUGGGUUUUAUUGAACAAGAAGGGACAUAUUCCAAGGGGUACGAGCCCCCCAGGGUAUCACUUGGGCAGAUGCUGUUCCCUAAUGCUCACACAGUAGGUAACAUAAUGGGGAUAUACCCUGCUGGGAAUGACUUGCCGGGUACAAAUGCUUUUACUGUAGCUUAGAAGAAGGUAAUAAAUGUACAAAGUAAAUACAAAACUUGUAAAAUAAUUUUCUUUAUUAAUAACAUUAUGCCAGUGACAGUGUUGUGGGUGAAUCUGUACAGCAAGGGUUAACCUGCAGAGUUGUGCUCCCCCCAUGAAAUACUUUGUGGGCAAGUUCGAGGUCCCCCUGCAUUCCCGAUUACAUCUUUAGAGCGGGUCUCUGUGUUAUUGUUUUACUGUUGUAGAACCCUCCGAAACUCCCUUUUGGUUCCCAAGGCCUGGUGUACUUCUACAGGUACUCCCUUCUGUAGAGCCUUAGUAUAACGUGUGUGUGUAACAGGGCACAAAAACCCUCCCAAUCCUUUCUCCUAUAGUCUGACUCUCUCUUGUUCAGAAUCAUGUCAAAUAAACUUUUCUUUUACCUCCGGAGAUCUCCAACAAGAGUGACGUCUAGUGUCAUGUGCCCAAAAGCAUCAUUAUUCACCCUUAAAAGAGCAUAGUUCAUUAUCUUCUCCAAAAAUAUUGUAUAAUAGCUCCCAUUUAAAGGUUUGGCAAAGGGACUGGAAUAUUGAGCUUUGUAGGAAGGCAGAGAUAUUGGCCUAUGGGGAAGAAUAUAAACAGCAGUGACAGUAACAGGGAUAUAUAGCGUAACUCCUCCCAGUCAUGUUGGCAAUAAUGUCUGUGGCUCUCAGACGUCAAGGGGUUCAUGUGGCUCCUUACCUGGACGAUUGGCCGUUAAAACCAUCUUCUCUCAAGCAAUUAGAACAUCGGAAGUUGGCAAUAUCUCUUCUGAAAAAUCUAGGUUGACUCUCAGAUCGGCAGUAAUCGAUAUGUGUCAGAACAACAGGGUGUAUAUUCGGAAGGCAAUGUUGGGGCCGAUGGCAGCCUCAAUAGAAGCAGUUCCGUGGGCCAUAUUUCAUAGCAGCCUUUGCAACAAGAAAUGUUUCGACAGUGGGACAGGAAUCUGGAAUCCCUCAACAAUCUCUUGGUGGUUUCUUCCAAACUUAAAAGGGCAUUGAAACUGUGAAUGUUUAUCUAUCGUAGGGCAAGUUUUUUCGAGAUCCAGACUUUGUGCAGCAACCGAUGCUUCGUGCCUAGGCUGGGGGACUGUGGCAACAGAGUAAUAGUCCAGGAGCUUCUGGUCUAGACAGUUGCCGCUUGCACAGAGGAGAUACAGUUCUUUGGAAAAGCAGUUACUGGCAGCCUACACUGCUCCCCAACAUGUUGAAGGAGCUACAGAGGAUACACCAGUCACAUUCAGGACUGACUUGCCAAUAGCUGACUGGGCGCACAGUAAUGGAAUUGACUCUCGUAGUAGUCAUACAGAAACACACAUUGUGGAAAAGGGAUCUGCAGGAAAGGGCAGUAUUCAGUGAAUCUCCAUCUCGAGGAAAGUAAACACAAGGUUUGGUUAUAUAUACAAAGAGCUGGACAGUGCUCAGAGCUUUGAAUGUGUGGAUAGUACAAUGGCAAAAAAGACAAUUGGACAUUUGUAUGUGCAGGGGCAGUAAUAAAAUAAUUGUACCAAAAGGGCAGAGAUACUUGUUGUGAAACUGUAUUUAGAUCUCAAGAAAUACAAAGUGCAGAUAAUGGUACAGGACCCCCUACUAGGUCAAAAUGUAUGGAUUGUUCCUACAGCAUCAAAAGGUCCACAAAAGUCCAAGAAUGGGGAAGUAAUUGCUAUAGGACCAGGAAGUAACCAUUGGGUUUAUGUGAGGGAGAUACUAAUCCUGUUUAUCUUCCCAUCCAUAGGUGGAGACCUGUGUGUGUAUAGAGAGGACUGACAGCCAGACACCAUGGGUCUAUACCUCUCCUGAUAGUUUGCCUUCUC